AGAUGAUCCCAGAUAAUAUCGAUGCCAACCGGGCCUUAGCACACGUUUCUUCCAUGCAACCUCUAAUUUAUGAACAUUUUUUGACAUAAAAUGACAGAUUACGGCGAGGAACAAAGGAAUGAACUAGAAGCAAUCGAGUCCAUUUACCCAGACUCGUUCACAGUGCUUUCCGAAGAGCCCAUAAGCUUCACCAUCACAGUAACUUCAGAUUCAGCAGAAAAUGAGGAGACGGUGGAGGUGACCCUUAAGUUUACAUAUGUGGAGAAAUAUCCAGAUGAGCCCCCUCUUUGGGAGAUCAACUCACAGGAGAACCUGGAAGAUUCAGACGCGGAAGAUGUCCUAGCACUUUUAAAACAACAGGCUGAGGAAAACUUGGGAAUGGUUAUGAUAUUCACAUUAGUGACGGCUGUGCAAGAAAAACUAAAUGAAAUAGUUGACCAGAUUAAGAGCAGGAGGGAAGAGGAGAAACUGAGAAAUGAAAGGGAGGUUGAAGAAGCUGAGAAGCGUGCAUUCCAAGGAACUGUGGUAACAAUUGAGAACUUCUUAACAUGGAAAGCAAAGUUUGAGCAAGAUAUGGCAGAACUAAAGAGCAAAAAGCAUAAAGAAGAGGAACAGUCUGGAAAAGUAAAACUCACAGGAAAACAGCUCUUUGAGACAGACCAUAAUCUUGACACAUCAGAUAUCCAGUUUCUGGAGGAUGGUGGAAACAGUGUGGAAGUGGAUGAGUCAUUAUUUCAAGACAUGGAUGAUUUGGACUUGGACGAGGAUGACCCCGAUUUCAACCCGCUGGAUCUGGAGAGUGAUGAAGACUGAGGUGUGUUCACUCCCAACCUGACAUGAAGGUCAACAUCCUCCAUAACAGCCUUGUGGAGCAGGACUUAAACUUAACCAUUCUGGACACAAACUUUUCAAUCACUACCCCCCAUGAAGAAACAUAUUGUAUAAUAACUGUUAACUAUAAUCACAAUUUAUACAAUUAUUGCCAUUAAAAUUAGUUGAUCCAUUGAA